AUGUAGUAAUUGUAAUAAAGUGUAAGAACAUUAGGAGAUUAUUAAAUUGCCACAAUUUAUAUAUAUUUGGGAGAAGGUGCUUUUGGAAAGGUUUACAAAGGGAUUAAGUUGACAACAAAUUAAGAAGUAGCUAUAAAAAAAAUAGAUAGUUCAAUGAUUAAUUAAGAUCAAUAUUUAGUUAAGUAUUUAUGUAGAAUGAAAUAUUUUAGACUUUGAGAUUCAAAUAAUGAAAUACCUUAAUUGGUAAAUUUAUAGAUAAAUUUAAUACAGAUCAUUCAAUUUAUAUAGAGUUAAAGAUUAUUUUAAAGAUAGAGAGAUCUGAGAAAUAUAAUUAAGGGGAGAUACAUUCCAGAAUCAGAAGUUAAUUAGAUAUUCUGUUAUAAAUAUUAUAUUAUGAUUGAGAUUUGAAGGAAAUAAGAAAGAGAGAAGUGAAUUUGAAGAAUUAGUAAAGGCAAAUAUCAUACAUAGAGAUUUUGAAAUCAGCAAAU